ACCGCUUACAUAAAUCUGAACUGAUUAGUAAAAUAUUGCUUUGUAAUGUCACCGUGACAGUAGUAACAGUGAAGUGACACUGACGUUUCUUAUCGAAAUGGUUUGGUUUACACGAGAUUUACUACACGUGGAUUUAUAUAGAAAAUCAGAAAUAAAUUUACUCGUACACUCAAUAAUAUGACUCGUUUCGCUAGAGCUAAAGGCUCUAAAGCCUCGAAUGAAAGGGCUCCUGAAGACGCAACGCCAUGGGAAGUAAUGAAAGAACAACUUAUGCAGUCGAAAAAAGAAAAAGAGGAAGCAAGCAAGAGGCAAGAGGCAGAGAAUCAACGCAUAGAAAAUUACGAAAACUUUCUGAAGGAACAGAAAGUGUCCAAACGAAAAGCUACUUGGUGUGAUUUUCCCGAAGAGGUUCCCAAAAAACGGCUUCUACCUCUAAAGCAGCCAGUAGAAAAUAACCAGCAGGGCAAAAACCCUACAGAUCAAGUCAAUGAAUCUGUUCAAGGCUCAGCUCAAGAAAAGAAAAAUAAGAAGAAAAACAAAAAUAAAAACAUGUUAGAGAAACCCGAACCUUCUCAUAUUAAUGAAGUGAAUGGGUCUACUGAAACUAGUGCACCUCAGGAAAAUAGUAAAAAGAAGAAGAAAAAUAAAAAUAAAAUAACAGACACCACACCAGUAGAGGCAAAUACAAGUCAAGCAACACCUGAAAUGACAACACCACAAGCUGAAAAGAAACAAAAGAAAAAGAAUAAAAAGAAACAAAAAGGUAAUAGUGAUGGGAAUAUUACACAAACAGGGACUCAUACUCCUAACACUACUGGGCAUAAAUCCUCUCCAAAUAAAGGCAAUCCACAACAAACUGAGAAUAACAUCAAAAAGAAAAAGAAGCCAAAAAUGGUUAACGGCAAACCUGCCAGACGAAAGGAAAUCAAUGACAAGAGUUUUCAACUGAUAAUAAACACUAAAGAAGUUGAGCUAGUCAGGUUUGAUGGUUUCCCAAUAAUGAAAAGGGAUGCUGAGCGUCUCACAGAACUGAGGAAUAGUAUGAUAAAGAAAGGGAUUCCAAAAAGCGAGGUACAGAGGACCAUGAAGUUAGAAAGAAGGAGAGCUGAGAAGGCUCUAGCAAGGUUAAAGAGAGAUGUGUGUUACAACUGCAGGAAAGGAGGUCACAACCUCUCGGAUUGCCCGGAGUUGAAGUCAAAGAUACCAGGAGUGGAUGCCGCUGAAGGAAUUUGUUUCAAAUGCGGCUCAACAGAGCACAGGCAGUUUGAGUGCAAGGUUCAGAGGGACAAUGAGUUCAGAUUUGCUACUUGUUUCAUUUGUAGGGAGCAGGGGCACUUGGCCAGGCAGUGUCCAGAUAACCCCAAAGGUUUAUAUCCUAAUGGUGGAUCCUGCAAACUGUGUGGAGAUGUCACUCACUUGAGGAAGGACUGUCCUACAACGCAAGGGCAAAGGGAAGAGACAUCCCUGAAACUAAGCACUUUGGAGAGUGCAGACAACAUUGAAGACAUAGGCCAGCAGGUAAAAGUUACCAACUCUACUGAAUCAGCGAAAAAACAACCCAAGAAGAUCAAAUUUUAAUGUAUGGUUAGUCACUGUAAUUGUAAAAUAAAAAAAUAGUGAUAAUGUU